AUGUCGGAAUACCAGUGGCUGCCGCUUGAAGACGACGACGAGAACUAUAUUCAUUUAUAUGCCUUUGUUAAUUUGCUGCAGAAAAUCAUAUUCGUUGUUGGAUUAUUUUUGAAUUUGUAUUUCUUCUACAGAGUCUCGAAGGCGUCAUGUAUUCAUCUGAAUUUCAGGAUUGUUUUGGUAGGUGAAAUAUGGGAAUUUAAAGUUUUUAAUAUAUUAUACAUAACAAGGUAUAGGCAACAGAAAUAGAUAUAGAAACAGAUGUCGGUUGGCUCAAUUUUAGAUAACCAUUUUACUAUAUCAGUCUGUCGAGAAAAUAAUGAGCACCGCAUCAGAAAUCGCAACGCCGCCGAGAAAAUGAAUUGUGCCGCAUCAAAGUAAUUCUUUUCGCUUCAUCGAUGCGAUUGGCUCAGCAGCAUUGUGCUCAUUACUUUCCAGACAGACUUAUAAGACAUAUUCAAUGUAUAAAAUCGCAAAAAAGUUUUUUGAAUUUUGGCCUAAACACCUGAUUUUUGCCAAGUUUCGACCAAAAAAUCUCGACUGUUUGUACAAUUUGCAAACUAGGAAUCUGGCAUGUUUCGUAGAAAAAAUUGAUCCAAGUUUGUGCCAAUUCUCAUCAAAAUCAGAGCGUCACACUUGGAGCACUCUCCCAUUGGAAAUAUAAAACUUUUGUAGAAAUAUAGUUUGUAGAAAAAAAUAUAUAAAAAAAUUUUUUUUGAAAAGGUAAAAUACGUUUUUUUUCAUGAACUUGACAAAAAACAGUAACGCUUUAUUAUCCUGUCGGGAAAAUAAUGAGCGCAAUGUCGCCGCUCCGAUAUUGUCGCUGAAGUGAAAAGCAAUUUGAUUUUUUGCCGCGACACAAUUUAUUUUCUCGGCGGCGAUUCUAUUUUCGAUGCGACAGAGUGCUCAUUAUUUUCCCGACAGACUGAAAUAUAUUAUAUAAAAUCCCAAACUCCAAAAAUCUAAAAAAUAUACUUUUUUUCAGUUUUGUGCCGCCAUAUCCUUUCAAACCAUGACCUCAUCCCAUUUCAUUCUCCACCUUAUUCUGGACAACACUAUGAAUCUGAAAAGCCGAUUUCUCGUCAAUAUCUUCAACUUGUUUACUUGCCACGUUCAUAUGGUUGCAAUCUUCUCCUCCGCUUUGUGUAUGAAUAUGAUUGCGGUGGAGCAGCAGCUGGCCACCUUUUUUGUCCUCAAUUAUGAAGAGCGCUCUGGAAUCAUCGGAGUGAUCUUGAUGAUUAUUGUGGUAAGGGUUUGAAUUUUUGAUAGUCAUUAGUUUAUUAAUAUAUAGAGAGUUUGGCAAGUUGUAAAGCUCCACGUAGAGCGAGUAGGAUCGCAAAUUUUAUCGGCAUUUUUUCAGAAUUUAUAAAAAAUUUAAAUUUACAAGAAAAGAACUGCAAGCAAAUUGCAAAAGACGUACCAUUUUGCAUCCGGGAAGUGUCAAAAAUGUAGCAAAAUGACUCCCUUUCCAAGUGAAAAAACUCCGCUUUCAAACGCGCGCCUGCUCUUUUUCUGAGGGAAAGGGCGCGCUUUUUGAAAUCUGAGGUCUUUAACUUGGAGAUGGAGGCAUUCUGCUGCAUUUUUUUUGAUACUUCCCGGCUGCAAAAUGGUACGUUUUUUGCCACUUGGUUAAGUCCGGAACUGUAAAACCUGAAAGCUUUAGCUCGCGCUUGACGGACGCAACCGCGAUAUUGGACACCUCUUGCGGCCAAGAGAGUACGCAAAAUGCGGAGAGCGGUCACAGAAAAGACACUUUUUAGACCAUCGUUUUUAGACCACUUUCAUGCGGAAAAAAAUAUUUUUUUUGUGAAAACGUACAGUUUUUUUCAUCAGCAAAUUUGCCAAAAGGUGUCCGACUUCUUUCAAGUCUUUGUGCCUUCUGUAGCGUGUCCUAUUUUCUUAUUUUUAGUUCUUGCAAAGCGUCCCAACUGGCGUUUUUUACCAGCAUUUUGUGAUGGGCGACGACUUCAAGCUGAACCACACUUACAAUUCCUGCAUUCUUACCGACAUUUAUCCUCAGGUUGGUCUGCAUGGGUUCUCUGUGGCACUCAUUACAUGCACGAUCUCGGCGUUGGUAAGUCUUUGAGAUUCAUUGACAAGCGAAGCAUUCUAAGAGCAACGGUCAUAUUCUCUUUUAAUUUUGCAUACAUUUUUCUUUCACUUGGAUCACUUCCCCAGUCAAUCAUAUAAUUUUAGUGGUUGCUGAUCCUGCGGAGCUACAACAAACGCCAAACAAAGAAUCGACUGAAUCUCAGCAGUUUGAGUGCGCGAUUUCAACAGACAAUGAACUCGGACAGUAACGCAUCGAUUGCUCCGAGCAUGGUGGGAUACGCAGUAAUGGCGCUGUUGGGGCUGCUGGUGGAAGGGACCAGGAUUUAUUACAUUCACGAUUAUGGAAGUAGGAUUGAUCGGAUUUUUAUUAAGGUGAGUGAAUAAUGAAGAUAUACAUAUAUAUGUAUACAUAUAUUUCACGGCCCUGGUUUAUUGUUACGUGUUAUAGGGAUUUUUUACAGUGGAAGCUACAGUAAAUCAUCAUUAUCUAAUUCGUAAUACGAAACAUAUCCCUAGGCUUAAAAGUAGAUUUUGGCAUCAGCUUAAUUUUACCACAUGGCCAACUUUGAACUCAUUUUUAGUUUGUCUAUCCAAGUAAAUAAUCCUUUUGGACUUUGCUGACUUUAAAAGGGCAGUCCAUCGACCGUGACUUUUGAACCGCGCUCUUUACGGUAUGGGAACGAAAAAUGUAAAAAAAGUUUCUUUUAAUCCAGCAGCAAAAACCAAUUCUGCGAAGCAAAUCGUCAAAUAGUAAUUAUCAGUCUGUCGGGAAAAUAACGGCGGAUCGUCGCAUCAAAAUGCCUCGCCUCGCCGCUAUCGCGCACCAAAUCCCAAGCCGCGCCUUGCAGUCGCAAAGCGAUGAUGGGCGAUUCCAAGGUGCGACGAUUCGCCGUUAUUUUCCCGACAGACUGAUAUUAUCCCACACCCGAGAAUUUCUCGACAAUUUGCUUCUGUUGUUAUCGGUUCAAUAGGUAAACUAAUUUUCGUAACAUGUCGUUUUCUAAGCCAUAAAAGCGCGGUUCGCCAGUAGACAUACAAAUCCACACAGCGAAUAAAUACUAAAUUUGUCAACGCUGUACUCUUUUUCGACCCCAUUUGCAAGGGCCCCAAGGUGCGGCACUAAAAUUUCGUUAAAAUUUUGCACAUUACACAGGCCAAAUAUCAACUUCUAAAAAUUUUUGUUUUCACCUGGCAGGGGCAGCCGAGAUAUUGAAUGAUCUUGGCGGCCGAGAGAGUAGGUAAAACGCCGAUAGCGGUCAUAGAAAAAAAACGCUUUUAGACACAUCUUUGCAAGUGCGGAAGAAAGAUUACUCUAUAACUAACAACAAACUUUCAUUUCAAAAUUUUUUUUCAGCUGACCUUUAUGAUUCUGGACGGCUACGGGAUCUGCCACGCCCUCUGUUUCCUCAUCUUUAACCCGGCUACCCGAAUUCAAGUUUACCGAGACUUAUCCCGUCUUUGUGGACAUCAAAUCGACUCCUACAAGCAAACCCGCUCUCAUCUGGAGACCAGCCAACUUACCACUGAAACAUAUUUCAAUCAACUGUAUACCUCAUGGAAUCGAAAGAACUAA